AUGAGUUUCUUCUCCAAUAAUUCCAAUCAUCUAAUGGAUGAUAAUGAUGCAUCUAGGAACGCCUCAUAUAAAAAAUUCCAUAUUCAUGAAGGGAUCAUAUUUUGUGUAGAGUUAUCAUCUGAAAUGUUUGAAAAUUUACCAGAAUUAAAGGGCAAAUCACAAUUAUUAGAAAUCCUUGAGUCUUUAUCUGAUUUAUUCGAACAGUUAAUUAUUAGUAGACCCAAUACGGCUAUCGGUUUUUAUUUGUUUCACCAUACUAGCGAUUCUGUAGAAAAGAAUAAAUUUGGUAUCUAUGAAUUUUUCCAAUUGAGUGAUAUUAACGUAAAGACAAUGAAAAAAGUGACAGAUUUAUUGGAAGAUUUAAGCCAUGACAGAAAAAAAUUGGAAGAUAUUUUCAAAUUUGAUAAUUCUAGACCAACUAAACUGGAAGAUAUUUUCAAUGUAGUCCAAGAACAGUUUUUAAAUUUUGAUAGUUUACAUCAUUCAAAGGGUUUCAACAUUAAAAAGGUGUUUUUGUUUACAAAUAAUGAUAAACCAAUUGAAUCAGAAAAUAAUGAAACAAGAAAAAAAUUAAGACGUAUGGUGAAUGAUUUGAAUGAAAGUGAAAUAUUUUUUUCUACCUUCUUUAUAAACAAACCGGAUUCACAAUUCGAUGAUACUUUUUAUUCUGAUAUAUUAAAAUUACCAAUAAAUGAUGAUACUUCUGAAAUCGAUGUUGAAGAUUAUUAUGAUGACGCUGGAGAGAAUGGAAAUCAUUAUCUCCUAAUUAACGACCUUAAGGACACUAGUAAAUCUAAAACUACAGAUAGGAAAAUUAAUCCAUCUUUAAGAAGGUUCUGUAGACCAAAUACAAAACCAAUUGAAGCAAGUAAUAUUAAGCAAAGAAUUUUAAGGAAACAGGAAAUAAGGAGAGUUAGAUUCCAAUGCCCAUUAAUAUUGGAUGAAGCAUCAAAUUUUAUCAUUGGAAUAACAGGUUACAAUAUUUUUAGUAUUGAAAAACCGGGAACAAGAUACAAGCUAGUAUAUGAACAUGAAAAUGUUAGAAAAGAAGCUUUUUCGAGAAGGAAAUUUUUAGAUCCUAAUACUGGCGAAGAAUUAAAAGACGAAGACUUUCAAAAAGUAUAUAAGUAUGGUGAUAUAAACAUAGAAUUAUCUGAUGAAGCUACCCAAAAUAUUAAAAAUGAAUACAUGGAAAAUAGACCCUUUAUGAAAUUAUUAGGCUUUCGAUCUAAAGAUAUCUCAUUAAAGUAUUACAAUAAUAUUGAUAAAGCUUCCUUCGUUGUUCCUGAUGAAUCAAGCUACGAAGGUUCAAUCAAGACAAUGGCUUCCUUAUUUAGAACUCUGCAUAAAAAAAAGAAAGUUGCGAUAGUAUGGGGAGUGUCAAGUUCAGGGGGUCACCCCACCAUACAUAUACUAUCUCCGUCUAAUGAAAAUGAGCACAAUGAAGGACUUUAUCUCUUUCAAGUUCCAUUUUUAGAUGAAAUAAGAAGAUUUCCAGCCUUAACAAGCUAUAGUCCUGGAACAAACAAAAAUAUAUCUGAAUACGAAAAAAUGAAAAAACUCACUGAGUAUAUUUUAGGAACAUUAGAUUUGCGUAAAGGGUACAGACCGUCUAGUUAUAGAAAUCCAGCUUUACAAAAAUAUUACAAGAUUUUACAUGAUUACUUAUUGCAAAUCGAAGACACUUCAUUAACUGAUACACCACAGGAGGUAUUAGAAAGAGAAGUUUAUGAAGAUGAUACCUUGUAUCGUUUAGAUAAGUUACGGAAGAGAAUCAUCCAAUCUUCACAAGCUCCUGAAUUAUAUAACCAAAGAUUGAGUAAAUUCAUUGAACAUUGGAAUAGGGUUUUCAAGAAAAUAAACGAGGAUGCACAAAUGGAUAUUGAACCAACACCCGUAACUCUUAAAAAGAGGAAACAAAAAGAAAAACUAGCAUUAAAUCUUUGA